AUGAGUUCUAGUGAACCUCGUAAACGUCUCAUUAUAAGGAUUUCUUAUCCUAAAAAGUGUGAUAAUUCACUCAUUCAUGAUUCCAUCGAUGAUCAAUCUCAAGGAGAUAUCAAAAGGAGGAAGAUGGAACAUUAUGAAAAACCAAUCGUUUCAUGCUAUUGGCUUGAUUCCACAAUAAGCUUGUCUCAACAUAAGAAGAAUACCAACAUUAUGAAUAUUGUUGCUGAUCAUACAACCGAUAAAAACAACAAGGUUUCGACCGUUGAUCAUCGAUACUCAAAAAAAUUUGUUGGUAAUGAAAACUCAAAGGUUUUGUCAAAAGACACAAAGAAUCAUGUUGGCUGCAAGAACAUGAUAAAGAACGUUAAUGAAGGAGAGUUAAUGAAGAAAGAGAAGAAAGAACCAAUGGAGCAAUACAAGAGGAUGCAAUGUUGGGUGAUUCUGAAAAGGAUGAUAGAAGGAAAAGAUGGUUGGGCUCUAAAACACCCUCUUGAUCCCAAGUAUUUGAAUGGUUUAGAGAAGAAUAUUGAGUCAAAGGUGAAGCCAAUUGGUUUGAAGAAUAUUGAGGCAAAGUUGAAAUCAUAUUCAACUCCUAAUGAAUUUGCUGAAGAUAUGAGGUUGGUGUUUUCUCAUGGAAAGCUUUACCCUCUAGGGGAUGAUGUUAACAAAAUUGCAAAGAGAUUUAGUGAUAUAUUUGAGAACAAGUGGAAAACUUUGAAGAUUGAAUGGGGAUUUGAGGAUAGAAGAAGAGUCAACAAGAAUAUUCAUAAGAAGGUGCUGAAGAUGCAAAGCAACAAAAAGAGAUAA